AGCCUUCUUUGUGACACGCUAGUAUGACAAACCAAUGGAUUCCUCAGGUCUUCUAGUUUCAUUUGAUGCCAGUAUCUUCACUCUGGCUUUAAAACUGAGCCAGGUACAACCUAAGAAUCGCAAGUUGCGUGAAUCUGUUUAAGAAAUUAGUGGCGUUAAAACGAAUUUGCGUUAACGCGUUAUUAUCACGUUAACUUUGACUGCCCUAGUAUGCAUAUAUAAAAUAAUCAAACUGAUGUUCAAUAAACUCUCUCAAUGUUACGUAUUACAUGUGACCAAACUUAUAAUGUGUCUAAAACAAAUAUUUUUAAUUAGAUCUGAAACAUUUGUUCAGACAGCAGAGAUAUCUAGAAUAACAUUAAAUAGAUCAUAUCGAUCAAACGUUUCUGCUGAAGGUUGAUAAAUGAUAUUGAAUUAUCGCCCGGCUCUAACCCCGAUAAACUGUGAACAGUUGGAAAACAUGUUGAGAGUUCUUCCACUCACUCCUGUCUCAAACUGUGAUAACUCUACUGUGUCUCUGUUUUAUAUAUGAGCGUGACUGAAAGCAGAACUGAAAGAUCUUAUCUCCCAAUAUGUUUUGUUUUCCACGUUAUCUCAAACCGAGAUCAUUUGAAUUAAUGUAUUUUGUGUCAUGCCUUUACCCUCUGUGCCAAAACUCAUCCCUUGUAGAAAUGAUUCCCUUUAUUAUUGCACAGUGAUGACUUCUACUCCUUCCGUUGACUUCUCAUCUCCACACUAUUUAUGUCUGUUUUUUUGCGCUUGUCUUUAGCUUCACAUACUGCACCAACUGUAACACUCCCUGCUCUGUAACAGGUGAAAUACAUAUCAGCAUCCCUUCAUUAAUCUUGCUUUUUCUUUCUUUAAAGAACUUUAAAGAUUAUCUGUGACUUUUUGUGUUCAUUAUGGAGACAACAGUUACCUUGUGUGAAUCAGUGAGAUAAAGCUAGGAGAAAAAAGGCUUUUAAAUACAUCACAUUCUUUCAGUUGUGAGACUGGGAAAUCAUUAACUCUCUGGCAUCAGUGACACGCCUGCUUAGUUACCUCACAACAGUGUUUCAGUGCUUUCUUUGAGCUAAGAGGAACGGCAGCCUCUUGAUAAAACAAACAUUUUGUGGCCGGUAAAUUCAUAAUAUUAACUUGUACACAUUUAUUGGAUAUACUUAAUUUGCUCCCAUCACUACCUACAAUUGAAAUUCACCAAAAUAAUUCUUGAAGUACACUCAAAGAAUUUGAACUCAUCAAUAAGACAAAUGACUUUCCCGUUUUCAUGCUGUGUGCUUCUUUUCUUCCUGCUGGUUAUUGGACCGUGCAAACUGUAAAUGAAUGGUAACUAUGUAUUUGGAAGUAAUGGGUUAAAUCAUACAAGGAAGUACCUGUGUGGUCAUUAACAAAGGGAGUAAAGUCCGUGAGAGAAGACAACAACAGGGAAAGAGUUCCUGGAUUGGCAGCGUUUCCUCAUGACCAGCUGGUUCACCAUUUGUUUUAUUCUGGAUUUGUAUUAGAUGUUUUUACAGAGUAAAGUCCUUAGAGCUGGUUGUGUUAAACUGCUUCAGAGAAAUGGCCAGUGAACCACAGAGACGAGGCUCAACAGAGGUGUAUGACUAUGCUGAAGUGAACGGUUACCCCAGUGACCAGCAGUCGCUAAGGUUACGACGGGUUCCAUCUCAAGUGUCCAAUCAGAAUCACCCUCAAUUCGACUGGAGCUCGACCCCCGCAGAGGAGGAUGAGGAGGGCAGCGGUGGACCGUCUCGGGACCUCAGGAGCAGUCCUCUGCCCAUGUCACUAAAGAGAGCUGUGAGGCAGGUGCAGCAAAUGCAGGUGCCUGUGGUUUCCAGCAGGGAGUCCUGGAAACGGAAAAAGACCAAAUCUCUGCGUAAACUCAAAGACAACGCCAGAGGAUCUCUCUACUUUUUGAUCCUGUGGGGCAAGACGUUGCAAAAGAUUGGAGGGAACUUCGGAGGUGGCGUCCAGUCUUACUUCCUGUUCCUGCGAUUCUUGGUGGUUCUCAAUUUUGUUUCCUUUUUGCUGAUUGCUGGAUUUGUCCUCAUCCCCAGCAUCGUCUUCAGAUCUGUCGAGGCCAGCCUUGUUAACAGCACUGGUCCAGAGGAAUGCAUGGAGUACGACCCAAAUCCUCAAGGCUUGGUGGAGUUCUAUAAUUACUUCCUUGACUUACUUUCGGGAACGGGUUUCAUGGAGUAUUCAUACCUGUUUUAUGGCUACUACAACAACACAAUGGUGGAGGACAGGAACUUCUCCUAUAACAUCCCCCUGGCUUACCUCUUCACCGCCGUCUUCUACUUCAUCUUCUGUCUCAUCUGUAUCAUAGCACGCAUGGGGACUGCAGCUCGAGUUGCCGUGGCAACGGGAGGCAGCGCCGGGGGCAACUACAGCAUGAUAGUGUUCACCAGCUGGGACUACGGUUGCCUGGGAGACCGAGCCACCAAACUGAAGCAGAAGAACAUCCACUACCAACUACAGGUGGAUCUGGAGGAGGAGAGCAUAAGGAAAAGGGCAGCCGCUCUGACUUUGGGUCAAAAAAUUGUUUUAUACUCUCUUCGUGUUUUUAUGGGUUUAUUUUCAUUUGGGCUCAUUAUAACAGCUUUCUACGGCAUCUUCAAGGCCACCGAAUUCAGCCAGGGAAAGAGUGGACAGGAAGGGAUCCUGGGUUUGUUUUUUGAGUAUCUACCUUCCAUCGUCAUCACCACCGGAAACUUCGUGGUACCGCUGCUGUGUGACCAGAUCGCCCUGAUAGAGCGAUACGCCCCCAGCACUACUGUCAUAGUGGCACUGUUAAGGGCAGUGUUUCUUCGUCUGGUGAGUCUGGGUGUUCUCCUCUUCACCCUGUGGCGUCAGAUCACCUGCGAGGGGGACACAAAUACUGGAGGUUGUGCAACGUGCCAAUACAACUAUAAAGUCUACCCGUGCUGGGAAACACGUGUAGGACAGGAGAUGUACAAGCUGACGCUGUUUGACCUCCUCAUCAACAUUGCUGUGCUCAUCCUGGUGGAGUUUCCACGCAGGAUGGUGGUGGACAACUGGUCCAGUAAGCUGGCUCAGUGGGUUGGUCGACAGGAGUUUGUGGUUUCCGCCAACGUGCUCGGACUGGUUUACGGUCAGACCGUGGUUUGGACAGGAGCUCUGUUUUGCCCUCUGCUGCCGCUCAUUAACACCAUCAAGUUUGUCCUCCUCUUCUACUUCAAGAAGAUCACACUCUUCUAUAAUUGUCGGCCAGCACUGAAGACGUUUCGCUCCACCACCUCCACCUUCUUUUUCCUUGUGGUGCUCCUGUUUGGCUGGGGUCUAGCCACAGUUGUCAUGGUUUACAGUCUUGCUGUGAUCCAUCCUUCUAUGGGUUGCGGUCCUUUCCGUUUCUUCCCCAGCAUGUGGUCGAUUGUUCCAACAUCUUUCUACAACCUCUCUGAAGUUACACAGGAGUUUCUCUUCUUCAUUGGUUCUCAGGCGUUCUCCAUCCCUCUGUUUGUGUUAUCUUGUGUGGUGAUGUGCUAUUUCGUAGCCUUAGCCUCUGUCUAUGGGAAAAGUGUUGCCCUGCUAAGAGCUCAGCUUAAACUGGAGGGCCGUGACAAGCAGUUCUUGGUGAAGCAGAUUGAGGAGCUGAGUCGACAUCAGAUACUAAAGCAUACAGCAGGAGCACAUGACUGAACAUACCAUAGGGACCAUGUUUAGGUUUUACGACCUUCUAAACAACAUGAUGAGGCAUCUGAAAGGACUGUAUGCACCCUAUAUGUACAAAGAUAAGAUAAGAUGGACCUUUAUUAAUCCCCGGGGGGAAAUUCAGGUGUCAAAGCAGCAAAGCGCAGAUACAGAGGUACAGGUGUACAAAAAGAUUAUAAAACA